AUGAAGGAGAAGCUUCAGACAAGCUGGGAGCCCAUCGAAUUCGUGGUGAAGGAGAUCUAUCUCAUUAGCAGAACUAAGGACGAUCCGUUUGAGAUUCGGCACGUGGUCCCCUUCGCGUGGGACGAGAGCCGCGGCAGCUACGCACCACACUUCGUGGCCCACCCCAUUCCUGAGAAGAGCGUCGCAGCGCUGCCAACGGCCCACGUGAACGACAUUCCGAGCCACUUCACGGGCGAGGACCUCGGCGCUGUGUUCCGGGAGAAAGGCUUUCUGGUGGUGAGCGCGACCGUGGUGGUGGACAAGCAGGGCCAGAAGGCAAAAACGAAAACGAAAACGAAGGCAAAGAACCGCGUGUACGGGGUGGUCGAAUUCCCGACUGUGGAAGAGAGGCAGCGCGCCAAGGUUGCCCUCAACAAGACCAUCGUCGGCGAUCGCCGGAUCACCAUCGCCAUCCGCGACAACAAAGCGACGACGUAA